AUGACUUUUGUGCAACAGCUUCAAGAGGCUGGGGAAAGAUUUAAAUGUAUCAAUGGGCUUUUAUGGGUUAUUUUCGGACUGGGUGUCUUGAAAUGUACAACCUUAUCACUAAGAUUUUUAGCUCUUAUUUUUGAUCUGUUUUUACUACCGGCAGUCAGUUUCGACAAGUAUGGUGCCAAAACUGGUAAAUACUGUGUUGUCACCGGUGCUAGUGAUGGUAUUGGCAAAGAAUUUGCCAGGCAAAUGGCCAAACGUGGUUUCAAUUUAAUAUUGAUCUCAAGAACGCAAUCUAAAUUGGAGGCUUUACAGAAAGAAUUGGAAGAUGAACAUCACGUUGUUGUUAAGAUUCUAGCCAUUGAUAUUGCAGAAGACACUGAAACCAAUUAUGAAUCUAUCAAGGAAUUGUGUGCGCACUUGCCAAUUACUGUUUUGGUCAAUAAUGUUGGCCAAUCACACUCCAUUCCUGUUCCGUUUUUGGAAACAGAAGAAAAGGAGCUUAGAGACAUUAUCACGAUCAAUAACACUGCUACGCUAUUAAUCACACAAAUCAUCGUACCAAGAAUUGUAGAAACCGUGAAAGCUGAAAAGAAGAAUGCGGGUACUCGCGGGUUAGUCUUAACCAUGGGUUCAUUUGGUGGUCUAAUUCCUACUCCGCUUUUGGCUACGUACAGUGGUUCCAAGUCGUUUUUGCAAAGCUGGUCUAACUCUUUAGCUGGAGAAUUAUCUAAAGAUGCUAUCGAUGUUGAAUUGAUCAUUUCAUAUUUGGUCACUAGCUCCAUGUCUAAAAUUAGAAGAUCCUCUUUAAUGAUUCCGAAUCCACAACAGUUUGUCAAAUCCACUUUGAAAAGUGUUGGAAGACGCUGCGGCUCUCAAGACAGAUAUGCUACUAUGACCCCAUACUGGGCCCACGCAGUGUAUCAAUUUGUAAUUACAGAGACAUUUGGCGUUUAUUCGAAGAUUGUUAAUUCCAUUAAUUAUACCUUCCAUAAAUCCAUCAGAAUUAGGGCCUUGAAAAAAGCCGCAAGACAGGUUAAAAAGGAAUAG